AUGGUAAUAACAUUUAGACUAAUUGAUUAUUGUUAUAAAGUAAACAUAUUAACAUUAGCAUUCAGUUUAAAAAAUAGUUAUAGUAACAAUAAUACAACAACAGCAGCACCAGAACCUACGACAUUCAGUUUAAAAAAUAGUAAUAGAAACUAUAAUUUAAAUAAUAUUAGUGAAUAUAGCAAUCUAAAUAAUAACAGUAUCAGUUUAGUCCAAAGCGCAAGUUGUAGUAGUAUAAGCAGUUGUAAUAGUAAUGAUAUCAAUGGGAGUGGCUGUAGUGGCGGUUGCAACAAUAAAAACAGUAAUAGCUUUUUAAUUAAUAAUGGGUUAAAAGAGCAUCAACUGAAAAAGAGAAAGAAUAAAUAA